CCUGGACACCAUGAGAUUUCGACUGUAUGUGAAGGGUUGCUGUCGAGGAAUUGCCGUAUUCGACGAUGAAAGACUAUCGAGAAUUCUUGUCCGGUCUUGGGUAGGGUGUCGAAUAUCGCAUCGACUGCUGAUGCGUUGUCCGCGAAGAAGUCCGUUUUAUGUUACUGUUGUGUUGGCAUGCCGCUGCAUCUUUCGUCUGGCCGUUCGUUCCAUUUAUGGUUCAGUUCCAGAACACGAUUUGACUUCGUGUCUGGUAUCACUCAAGUACGUUGUUUCCUACUGUUGUAGUGAUAUUUGCGUAGGCACACAACGAUCAAGAACCUGCGACGAUACGUCGUUACUGAUGAUCUACUUGGCUAAGACCAGCAUUUUAGCAUACAGGGAGCAUGGAGUAGAGUUACCUUUGAGUGCGCGUGGGUUAGGCAAGAUAUUCAGAGUGGCAUCGAUGUCUGAGUGGGAUGCAGGUGACGAGGGGAGUUGCUACGGUGUCGGCUACACGCUGCAUGUGUACCUUUAGUUGCCUUUCAUCCAUCUAUGAUACUUUUGAAUUCAUAAAAUUGAUUGAGGAUUUGGACUUGCUAUGGUUGCAGUAGCCUCCAACUUGAUUUGCAUAGUACAAGGUAUGCAGUAGGAAAUAUUUUCAUUUUCAAGACAUUAUUAUCACAGCUCGGAUUAGAUGUUAGAUUGUGCAAAAUGCGAGCUUUUUUGCACCACCACACUUCCAGUUUAAAUCAAUCAAACGUUUCUUCAUACAAAAAGGAAAGAAUCGG